AUGGGCAGACUCCCUGGCGCCUUUUGGGGAGCCUCAUAUUUGCUGGCUACCAUUGGGUCCGUCUGUGGAACCCCGGCUCCUGGCACGGUCGGCUUCAACUUCGAACGACGUCGUAUGAACGCGCAAGACGUGCCUCACCUCUCUCGACGGCAAUCCAACACCAUUGCCGCUGGCUUGACAAAUGAAAUUCUCCUCUACUUCAUCAACGUAACCGUGGGUACGCCUGGUCAACCAUUCUCUCUUCAGCUCGAUACCGGCUCUUCAGACAUCUGGUUCCCAGCCGUCAAUGCAGAUAUCUGCGAGCAAGACAUUCAAAACUGUCCCUUCGGUACCUAUGAUUUUAGCCAGUCCUCUACUUACGCCGAUCCUGGCCUCCCCGCAUUCCAGAUCCAAUAUGUCGAUGGCUCUCAAGUACAAGGGGCCUACAUUUCUGACGUUCUCAACAUUGGCCAGACGAAACUCUCAAACACGACCAUGGCUGCUGCCCUGACGGCCAACACUCGAGGCAUUGGUAUAAUGGGCAUCGGUUUCGAAUCAGGAGAAGCCGCGGCUGUUCUCAAUGGGUUCACAUAUCCCAACGUUAUCAACGUGAUGAAAAAUGAGGGCUUCAUAAACACAUUGGCAUAUUCAUUGUGGCUGGACGACCUGGAGUCCAACACGGGUUCUAUUCUUUUCGGCGGGGUGGACACGGACAAAUACCAUGGCGACCUGGUAUCACUCCCGAUUCAACUAGAUUCGCAAACCGGGACCAUCAGUUCCAUGACUGUCGCCUGGACUGGUCUGACCGUCCGCGGUGGUGGCCAAACUUCUGACAUGUCUCCCAGCACGCCUCAGCCAGCGAUCCUUGAUUCGGGCACCACCAAUACUUUGCUCCCCGACGACAUUGCGAAUGGUAUUUUCAACGGCGUGGGAGUCUUGACUGAUCCAUCGUUCGGCAAUGUUGUCCCUUGUUCACUGGCCGACGACGACCUCACCUUCUCCUUCCAAUUCGGUGGCCAAGAUGGCCCCAUUGUCAAUGUCAGUCUGUCCGAGUUCGUCACUCCUCUCUUGACCACCGACGGAUCUCAGCCUGAAUUCCGAGAUGGAGAGUUGGCCUGUACAUUUGCGAUUGAAGCUGCAGGAGAGAACCCUAUUCUUUUCGGCGACUCUUUCCUUCGCAGCGCGUACGUCGUCUACGACCUAGAGAGCGAGGAAAUUGGCCUCGCCCAGACAAACUUCGACUCGAGCAGAUCCAACGUCCAAGCUUUCCAAGUCAGUAGCGGAAUUCCCAACGCGGUCUCUACCGCCAGUGCAGCCAGUGUUGCUCAGACGUUCACCGGAAACCCUCGUGUCACCGAAGCCACUGCCACCGUGACGGGAGAAAUUGGGGGCGGCACCAGCAGAUCGGCGACAUUCAAUCUCACCCCCACCACUGGAUCCGGAAGCAGCAGUACCGGAGGAAGCAGUUCCAGCAGCGGUUCUGUCGCCGAUGCCGGUCUGCGCACUUCACCUGCCGAGACCACCGGUAUCGUGGUCGCUUGCGUGGUGGCCGCCAGCUUUUUGUUUGGUGGUGGCUUGAUGUUCUUGUAA